CUGAUGAUCUGAUAUGCAGCUUUCACUCUUAAUAAUUAACUGUUCUUCAGGUAGAAAAGAGAGAUAGAGAAAAGAUUCUGCUUAACAAUCUAGCUGGUGCUCUUCCACUUUGUGCCUGAACCUUUUUCAUCUUGUUUUAGUAGUUCAUUGGUAGCUGCCCUCUUCUGCAGAUACUAGCCCCCCUGCAGGUUCAGACCUGAGAUGAGAUGAGAUGAUUGGUUAGGUUUCUGUGGUGACCCAUGAUGCCAUGCUUACAUCAAUCUCCCCCUUUUCUCCUUCUUCUUCCAUGUUCAUGUCUGUCUUCUUCUCUGCUGCACUCUAGCCUGGUCCAGCUGCUUUGCCUCUGCAAAUUCAUGCAACUUGUUGAUUGGACCUGCUUGCAUCGGAUCUCAUAUUCGGGGAAAAAUAAUUUCUUGCUCAUUUUAGGCCAUGCCAUGUAGAACAGUUCAGGUGCAUGCUCUGUCUGAUUGCUGUGUGAUGUGAGUGGCACAUGCUUUGAUUAGCUUGGUUUGGUUGCUUCAUCUGGAGCCAAGGGAAGCUGUGCUGCAAGAUCCAGGACAGGAGAAAUGCUGUUUGAGCUGAAGGUGGAGAGGAUCGUCGUCUUCGUCCAUGGUGGCUGUCAUCUGAGCCAUGAACCAGUUCGUCCCUGAUUGGAGCAACAUGGGAGACGCCUCCAGGACACUCGGCGAUGACGAUAGCCUCAUUGAGCUGCUUUGGUGCAACGGCCAUGUCGUCAUGCAGAGCCAGAAUCACCGGAAGCUGCCGCCGAGGCCGCCGGAGAAGGCGGUGGCGCAGGGGGCGGCGGCCGCCGUGCAGGAAGACGAGGGCGGCCUGUGGUUCCCGUUCGCGCUCGCUGACUCGCUCGACAAGGAUAUCUUCUCGGAGCUCUUCUACGAGGCGCCCGUGGCGGCGGCGGCGGCGGUGGCUACUGGACCGGGGGUUGACGGCGACGGCAAGCCCUGCAGGGACGCGCCAAUGGCGGACGACGAAAAGCGCGCGGUGCCCGAGGCGCCGCCGCGCGACCUGAUGCCGCCGCCCAAGUCGACGCACGCGUCGUGCUCCAGGCAGCAGACGAUGAGCCUGGCGGACGGCGGGGACAACGCCGGCGACCUGUCGGACCUCGUCCGGGCGAGGACGUCCGGCUGGGCCGGGGGCGCGCCGCGGAAGGAGGCCGGCGGCGCGUCGUCGUCGAUGCUGAGCGCGAUCGGGUCGAGCAUCUGCGGGAGCAACCAGGUGCAGGUGCAGCGGCAGCGCACGGUGAGCGAGCCCGGCCGCGCGUCCACCGCCGGCGCUCUGCCCUCGGCCGUCGGGAGCGCGAACGCCAUCCCCUGCGGCGGGCGCGGCCACGAGGCCACCACCGUGGCGUCCUCGUCGGGGCGCUCCAACUGCUGCUUCGCCACCACCACCACCACCACGGAGCCGACGAGCACCAGCAACCGGAGCAGCAAGCGCAAGCGCCUCGACACCACCGAGGACUCCGAGAGCCCCAGCGAGGACGCUGAGUCGGAGUCCGCCGCGCUGGCGCAAAAGCCGCCGCCGAAGCUGACGACGGCACGCAGGAGCCGCGCCGCCGAAGUGCACAACCUCUCCGAGAGAAGGAGACGGGACAGGAUCAACGAGAAGAUGAGAGCCCUGCAGGAGCUCAUCCCUCACUGCAACAAGACGGACAAGGCGUCGAUGCUGGACGAGGCGAUCGAGUACUUGAAAUCUCUGCAGCUGCAGCUGCAGAUGAUGUGGAUGGGGAGCGGGAUGGCGCCGCCGGUGAUGUUCCCGGGAGUGCACCAGUACCUGCCGCGGAUGGGCGUCGGGAUGGGGGCGGCGGCGGCGAUGCCGCGGAUGCCGUUCAUGGCCGCGCCGCAGCCGGUGGUGCCGACCGCGCCGGUGAACCCCAUCCCGCCGGUGUACCGCGGCCACAUGCCGGCGGCGGCGGCGGUGGGCCUGACGGAGCCGUACGCGCACUACCUCGGCGUCAACCACCUGCAGCCGCCGUCACAGCAUUAUUUGCAGGGAGUGGGGUAUUAUCCGUUGGAGGCGAAGGCUCGUAUUGUGCCCACUCCGAAUGGAAGCAUGCCUGCGCCUUCCGAAAAUGUACCCAACGGAGGAUCAGGAUAAUCAACAAAUAAACAGAGAAAAAGAGACAGGAAAAUAUACAUGGUUGCAUUGAUCCUGAAUCAGCAUGGCAAUAGAACAGAGAUUGCUGAGCACCACAGCAGGAUGGAUGGAGCAGACGAACUUCACAAGGGACCGUUUCUCUUUAGGAAGAAGCUGUGCAGAAGAUAAUAGCAAAUUAAUCUUGAAGAUCUCUAACUUACUGCAUAAAGGGGUAUUAAAUUAGGGCAUGCUCGUAAUUAAGCCUCUUAGGUCUGUAUCGUCAUUGGAGUUAAUAUUAGAGACAGAAAUUGUACCAUAGCUGAGACAGAGUAUAGUUAGUAUGGACUGACACACUCUAAUAGUUUCUUUCCUUUUAGGCUUUUUUUUAAAAAAAA